AUGCCACCGAGGCGGGAUCCAUUACGCGCCAUCGACGUUCCAAAAUUUGGGAAAAAUAAAGAUCUAGCAAACGAUGACUUGGAUGAUAAUGAUAAUGAUGAUUUGGAGCUUGGGUCCGAGGGAGGGUUUAUCUACGAGGUCCCCAAGAACAUUCGUCAAGGAAAUGAAAAAGCCUAUACUCCUCAAUUAAUUUCAAUAGGCCCUCUUCAUUACAGAAAAACAAUUUUGGGUAAAAUGGCAAAGUAUAAAUUGAGCUAUCAAAAGAAAUUUUGUGAAAGGACUUCGACUAAGACAUUGGAAGAUUUUUGGAGCUUCGUUGAACGCAAGGAAAAAGCAAUUCUCAACUGUUAUGAAGCAUCAUCCAUCAUUGACGAUGACAUUGUAGUGAUGAUAUUUUAUGACGCACUCUUUAUCGUCGAGCUCUUAUUGAGGAACUAUGAGAAGGAAACUGCAAAAGAGUUGGGAAUUAAAGACUUCUUAUUAAAAGGAACGUGGUCGGCUGGUCUUCGGAGGGACUUGAUUCUACUCGAAAAUCAGAUCCCUUUCUUUGUGCUUGAAGAACUGUAUGAGUUAUAUCGUAAAUCACUUCGUGAAGAUAAAUUACAUUCAGCCUGCUCUACCCCUGCCUCUGAUCUUUCCUUUCUUCAUCUUGCUUGCCUCUACUUUGAUAUCCCAUGGGAUAAAAGGUUCAAUAAUUUAAAAAUCCUACACUUCACCGGUUUGCUAAGAUGCCAUCUGGUCAAAAAUUGCCAUCCAUCCAUGGCCCAAGAAAGUAAAACUGAAACAGUGUAUAGUGCGACAAUGUUGCAAGACGCUGGUGUUGAGCUUAAAGCUGCAGAUGAUGAAAAUGCAAGCUGGCUUGAUAUAAAAUUUCAAGGAAAGGAGCUUAAUAUCCCCAAAUUGAAUGUGCACUCCAACACUGAAGCUUACAUUCGCAACGUCAUGGCCUUGGAGAUGUGCCACUAUCCAGGUGAAGCCUAUGUUUGUGCUUACAUAGAACUAAUGAAUUAUCUCAUUAAAACUGACAAAGAUGUAGAUUUGUUAAUAAACAAAGGGAUUUUAAGCAAAGAAGGCAAAAGUGAGGGAAUUCUCGUUAGCAGAAUAAAUCCCAGCAAAAUGAUGGUUGGUAUGAUUAAGAAACUCAUGCAGCGAGUUGGCGAGCCUCCUGGUUUGUACAGUGAAACAGGGAAUCAACUAAACCAGCAUUACAAAAAUGCUCAGAAGCACGAAAUAGCAAUAUUCUUCAAGGCGAAUCUAGCAAUUCUGAAGCGUGUGUAUUUCACCAAUCUUUGGCGAGGAACUGGAACUGUCGUUGCUUUUAUGAUGGUUGUGCUUACUUUCAUUCAAACCGUGUUGGCAUUUCUUAAAUGA